AAUAUUUAUGCAAUUGAAGAGUCGGAGACUUUUAAGUAAUUUGGGUCCAAACCCUCUCUAAACCCUCUCCCCGACUCAAAGCGAAGAGACGAACACCGCCACCACCAGCGUCUGCAACAACCGGCAACAACUACUCUGUCUACAGGCAAGUCGGAGACCUAAUGGAACAGAGAUUGGCUAAUACGUUAAACAUGACGGUGAAUGAGAAGAAAUUCAUUGAGUCUGCAUUGCUAUCUGACCUUAGAGUUGAUGGUAGGCGUCCUUUCGAUUACAGAAAACUAUCUAUCAUCUUCGGAAGAGAAGAUGGUUCAUCAGAGAUCCAGCUUGGACAGACUCGAGUUAUGGGAUUUGUCACAGGACAACUAGUACAACCUUAUCGAGACAGGCCUAAUGAAGGGACACUUGCAAUCUACACUGAGUUCUCUCCCAUGGCGGAUCCUUCAUUUGAGUCAGGUCGUCCUGGAGAAUCUGCUAUUGAGUUGGGACGUAUUGUAGAUCGUGGUUUAAGGGAAAGCAGGGCUGUAGACACUGAAUCACUUUGUGUCAUUUCAGGGAAAUUGGUAUGGGCCAUUCGAAUUGAUCUUCACAUAAUCGAUAAUGGAGGAAAUCUAGUGGAUGCUUCCAAUAUUGCUGCAUUGGCUGCCUUAUCAACAUUUAGAAGGUCUGAAUGUACAAUUGGAGGUGAAGAUGGUCAAGAAGUCAUUGUACAUCCACCAGAGGUGCGGGAGCCACUUCCACUAAUAAUCCACCAUCUUCCAGUGGCAGUAACAUUUGGUUUUAUUGGUAAAGAAAACAUUGUGGUAAUUGACCCAACUCAGCAUGAAGAGGGUGUGAUGGGAGGAUCAAUGACUGCAACACUGAACACAAAUGGUGAAGUGUGUGCCAUUCAAAAAGCUGGUGGUGAAGGCGUCUUACAAAGUGUCAUCAUGCAGUGUCUACGCAUUGCUUCUGUUAAAGCUGCUGAUAUCACAAGCAAGAUCAAAAUUGCUGUGGAAUCGUAUAAUACAGAAAGAUCACUAAGGAAAAUCAAACGACAUAAUCCUUCUCUCACUGCUGUGAAGAAGAAAUAACACAAGUGAAGUUUUAAAAGAAACUGAAUUUAGUCCAAUGAACACAUUUUGUAUGGAUGUUAAAAACGUAUCAAGUAGAGAUUAUUUCAGAUUAGAUUAUUGCUAAGUGUUAUAUGAUUAUUUUUGGACUUCAUUUUAUGGUGUGUAGUGUUGUAAUGUAAUUUACAAGCCUUAAAUUGUCAUGCAAAAUUUAGUUGAUACAUUUUUCAUGUUAAGAA